AUGACUAAGGAACAACCGAGACCUCUUGGCGACACCAAGCUCUUUAAGCCCAUCGAAGUCGGUGCCCACACUUUGGAAAACCGCGUCGUGUACGCCCCCACCACCAGAUUCAGAGCGCUUGCUAACCAUGUCCCUUCGGACUUGCAAGUGCAAUACUACGACGACAGACUGAAGACUCCUGGUCUGUUGCUAAUCACCGAAGCCACUUUCGUUUCGCCUCAGGCCGGGGGCUACCCGAACAUCCCCGGGAUCUGGAACGCUGAACAGCUGAAGGCAUGGAAGGUCGUCACUGACAAGGUCCACGCCAACAAGUCGUUUAUGUCGGUGCAAUUGUGGAACUUGGGGCGUGCUGCUUUCCCCAAGGUGUUGAAGGAAGAAGGCCAGGACUACGUUUCGGCGUCGCAAGUGUACGACACUGAAGAGCGUAAAAAGGCCGCUGAAGAAGCCGGUAACCCCUUGAGACCUUUGACCACUGAAGAAGUGGACAACUUGAUCGAAGAAGUGUACCCUAACGCCGCCAAGCAAGCGAUGGACGCCGGCUUUGACUACGUUGAAUUGCACUCGGCCCACGGGUACUUGUUGGACCAAUUCUUGCAACCCACCACCAACAAGCGGACCGACAAGUACGGGGGUCUGAUCGAAAACAGAGCCAGACUCGUGUUGUCGCUCGUCGACAAGUUGGGUGAGCAAAUUGGCUACGAAAAGGUCGGGAUCAGAAUCUCGCCCUGGGCUCAAUUUGAAGGCAUGAAGGGCAAGGACGCCGAAAUCAACCCCAUUGCCACUUUCGGUUACUUGCUUUCGGAAUUGCAACGCCGGGCUAACGACGGUAAGAAGCUUGCCUACGUCUCCAUCGUCGACCCGAGAGUCUCCGGGAUCGAAGACCAGACCGUCGACUUCGCCUCCGAAUCAAACGACUUCGUCCCCUUGAUCUGGAAGGGGACCAUCAUCAAGGCCGGUAACUACACCUACGACUCGCCCAAGUUCACCUCGUUGAUCAAGGACAUCGAGAACGACCGCACUCUCAUCGGGUUCGCUCGGUACUACACUUCCAACCCCGACUUGGUCGAACGUUUGCGCAAGGGUGAAGAAUUGACCCCGUACAAGCGUGACCUUUUCUACGCCAACUCCAACUGGGGGUACAACACUUUCGACAAGUACGGUGACAAUACCCAAUUCGACGAGGAAAAGGAAAAGGAACACUUGCCCAAGCCCAUCAAGCACUAG